AUUGUAACGACGCAUACACAAACGCGGCGCCUGAAAAUCGAGUCAAAACAGGUUGAAAAUAUGGAACGUUUACGAAAUAGGCCAAAAAUUUCGGAAAUGGAAAAAAAGAUGCGUGAUGAUGGAUUGGCAAAGCCCGUAGAAGCGGAUUCGAAAGGAUUUUUGCUGCUUUCGAAGAUGGGUUACAAGCCGGGAAUGAGUUUAGGCGUUGAAAAAGAAGGUAAAGUUUUCUAA